CUGGUGAUCUGCUUCUUUAAAGAUUAUAGCCAAGAAAAUGCUAUGGAGGAGUUCUACUCUGGAACACAUGGGGUCCUAUGGCAACAGGUUUGGUUUUUGGUUUUGACUGACUCUAGUAUUUUAUGACUCUAAUAUUUUAUGAUUCUAAUAUUUUCUGCCCAGCAUCUCCAGAGGUGGCUGCUCAGUAUGAAUACCUGGAGCCUCUGGCUGCCUGCUGAGGAGACAGAUGGAGCCCAGGAUGGGAGAUGUUCCUUGAGAGUCACUGACUGAAAAAAGACCCAAGAUUUUGAUAUUGUAUGGUCCCCAGGUCCCUGAGAGUGGAGGACAUUGAGGAGCAGGAGUUGAUGAUCAGAGGAAGCCCUACAUCUGGGAAGCCUCUGUCUAGCCAGAGGCUCUGCCAGUGUCCUAAUCAGAAGUGGACAAGCACAGUCAGAGUACUCCUCCUUUUGGGCUGAAGCCAGAGGGGAGUGCGGGCUUCAUCAUGCUGCAGCAGCUCCUGAUCACCUUGCCCACUGAGGCCAGCACCUGGGUGAAGUUGCACCAUCCAAAGAAGGCCAAGGAGGGGAUGCCCCUGUGGGAGGAUGUGACUAAAAUAUUUGAAGGAGCUCUGCUAUCCGAGGAUGCUGAUGAGACUCAGGGAGAAAGUAUAGAGAAUAAAGUGAUCCCUGGGCCCCCAACAGCAGAAUACCAGGAACUGUUAACCUUCAAGGACGUAUCUGUGGAAUUCACCCAGGAGGAGUGGAGGCAGCUAGCCCCCGCUCACCAGAAUCUGUACCGGGAGGUGAUGCUGGAGAACUAUGGGAACCUGGUCUCAGUGGGAUAUCAGCUUUCCAAACCUGGUGUGAUUUCCCAGUUAGAGAAGGGAGAAGAACCAUGGAUGUCGGAGAGAGAAAUUUCAGGAGGUCCAGUUUCAGACUUGGAGAAUGAAACAGAAACCAAAGAGUCAACCUUAAAGAAUGACAUUUCAUGGAAAGAGUUACACCAUGGCCUGAUGAUGGAGAGGUCCACAAAAGGAAGCACUUUGUACUCUACCUUGGGAAAAGUCUCCAAAUGUGAUAAGUUCAAAAGUCACCAGGAAAACCAAGGAAUGGGGGAGGUGCAAGUCCUCUUGAUCCGCAAGAAAACCCUCACUCAGGAGAGAGGCCAAGAAUCAAACAGAUUUGAGAAAAGUAUUCAUGGGAGCUCAAAAGCUACUCCAGGACCUCUAAGAAAAAGAGACCCUAAAUAUGACACAUCUGGAAAGAGAAGCAGAUACGAUUUAGAUUUGAUUAAUCAUACAAGGAGUUAUGCAAAAGUGAAAAGCUUUGAAUGUAGUAUUUGUGAAAAAAUAUUCAAACAGCUCAUUCACCUUACUGAGCAUAUGAGAAUUCAUACUGGAGAAAAACCUUUCAGAUGUAAGGAAUGUGGAAAAGCCUUUAGCCAAAGUUCAUCCCUUAUUCCACAUCGGAGAAUCCAUACUGGUGAAAAACCCUAUGAAUGUAAGGAAUGUGGUAAAACCUUCAGGCAUCCUUCAUCCCUUACUCAACAUCUUAGAAUUCAUUCUGGGGAGAAGCCCUAUGAAUGUGGUGUAUGUGAGAAAGCCUUCAGCCAGAGCAUUGGGCUGAUCCAGCAUCUGAGAACUCAUGUUAGAGAAAAACCUUUUAUAUGCAAAGAUUGUGGAAAAGCGUUUUUCCAGAUUAGACACCUUAGGCAACAUGAGAUUAUUCACAGUGGUUUGAAACCCUAUAUUUGUAACGUAUGCAGUAAAACCUUUAGCCAUAGCACAUACCUAACUCAACACCAGAGAACUCAUACUGGGGAAAGGCCAUAUAAAUGCAAGGAAUGUGGUAAAGCUUUUAGCCAGAGAAUACAUCUUUCUAUCCAUCUGAGAGUCCAUACCGGAGUGAAACCUUAUGAAUGCAGUCAUUGUGGGAAAGCCUUUAGGCAUGAUUCAUCCUUUGCUAAACAUCAGAGAAUUCAUACUGGAGAAAAACCUUAUGAUUGUAAUGAAUGUGGAAAAGCUUUCAGCUGUAGUUCAUCACUUAUUAGACACUGCAAAACACAUUUAAGAAAUACCUUCAGCAAUGAUACAUGAAAUAUACUCAACAUCAAAGGAUCCACAUUGGAGCAAAAACCUGUAAAUCAGUGGUUCUGACUUUUGGAUUUUAAGAACCCACAAUAUUUUUUGAAAAGAUGUUUUGACACAAUGUUUCCGAGUAUAGAUUUUGCCAUAUUAAAAAACUACCAUCUGUUAUCAGCAUUGUUUCAGAAAAAGGGCAUUUUGAUAUUUAAAAAUGUAGGAAGGAUAUAAUCAGUAUAAAGAACAGCCCUUUAUAUUGAAUUAAGUCAGCUUUAUGAAAUUCUUCCAGAUUUGUCUUUACUUUUCUCAUUUCACUGUAGGCCAGUGAGAACUUCAUUGUGGCUGAUGAGCAGUUUGUUGAUUGGCUUUUUAAAAAAUCACAGUUUUAAAUAUCCCUUUAAUGCAUCAAUAACAUAAAGUAUAGCCUAGUACUAUAGUCCUUUUACAUGGCUGGAAACCCUGGUGGCAUAGUGGUUAAGAGCUACGGUUGCUAACCAAAAGGUUGGUAGUUCGAAUCCAUCAGGCACUCCUUGGAAACUCUGUGGGGCAGUUCUACUGUGUCCUGUAGGUCAUUGUGAGUUGGAAUUGACUCAACAGCAACAGGUUUGGUUUAGUUUUUGGUUUUACAUGGCUAGAAAGGGUAUAAAAAUGUUAGUUGACUCAGUUCUAGAGGAAAUAAUGUUAAAGGGAGUUUCCUAGAAUUGAUAAGAUAAUCUGUACAUGAAAUACUUGUUUAUAUUUUGUGGUUUCUUAUAGAACAAUGGUCGGCAGAUUUUCUGUUAGGGUCACAUGGUAAAUAUGUUAGGCUUUACAAGCCAUAUGGUCUCUGUCAUUACUACUCAGCUCUGCUAUUGUAGUGUGAAAUCAUCCAGAGACAAUAACAAAAACCGAAGUAUCUCAACCUUGGUACUGUUGAUAUUUUGGGCAAGAUAAUACUUUGUCUUGUGCAUUGUAGGAUGUUCAGCAGCAUUUCUGGCCUCUACCCACAAGAUGCCAGUGCUAUAUGCCAGUAGCACCCCCACCCCAAUUUUGACAACCAGAAAUGUCUCCAGAAAUUGUCAGAUGUCCUCUAGGGGGCAAAAUUGUCCGUACUUGAGAACCACUGACAUAAAUGAAUGGGUAUAGCUGUGUUCUAGUUAAAACCUUUACUUACAAAAGCAGGUGGUGGGCUUUGUUUGGCCUGAGGGCUGUAGUUUGCCACCUCUGCUAUAAGGUACGUAAAUCUAAUAAUGGCAACAGAAUAAUUAUCAUUUAAUGUUAAAUUAAAAGGAGCCCUGGUGGUACUGUGGUUAAGUGCUUGGCUGCUAACCAAAAGGUUGGCAGUUUGAACCUACCAGCAGCUC